UUGACAGAUGGGGUUGAUGGGGAUGAUGGGGAUGAUAGGGGUGAUGGGGAUGAAGGGAGUGAUGGAGAUGAUGGAGGUGAUGGGGAUGACGUGGAUGAAGGGGGUGAUGGGGAUGAUGGGGAUGAUGGGGAUGAUGGGUGUAAUGGGGAUUAUGGAGAUGAUGGAUUAGAUGGGGAUGAUGAUGAUGAUGGAGAUGAUGGAGAUGAUAGGGGUGAUGGGGAUGAAGGGGCUGAUGGAGAUGAUGGAGAUGAUGGGGGUGAUGGGGAUGAAGAGGGUGAUGGAGAUGAUGGGGAUGAUUGGGGUGAUGGGGGUGAAGGGGGUGAUGGAGAUGAUGGAGAUGAUAGGGAUGAUGGGGAUGAUGGGGGUGAUGGGAUGAAGGGGGUGAAGGGGGUGAAGGAGAUGAUGGGUGUGAUGGGGAUGAUGGAGAUGAUGGAGAUGAUCGAGAUGAUGGAGGUGAUGGGGAUGAUGGAGAUGAUGGAGAUGAUAGGGAUGAUGGGGAUGAUGGGGGUGAUGGGGAUGAAGGGGGUGAAAGGGCUGAUGGGGAUGAUGGAGAUGAUGGGGGAUGAUGGAGUUGAUGGAGAUGAUGGAGAUGAUAGGGAUGAUGGGGAUGAUGGGGAUGACAGGGGUGAUGGGGAUGAUGGGUGUGAUGGGGAUGAUGGAGAUGAUGGAGAUGAUGAGGAUGAUGGGAGUGAUGGGGAUGAUAGGGAUGAUUGGGUUGAUGGGGAUAAAGGGGGUUAUGGGGGUGAUGUGGAUGAUGGGGAUGAUGGGGAUGAUGGAGAUAAUGGUGAUGAUGGGGGUGAUGGGGAUGAAGGGGAUGAUGGGGAUGAUGGAGAUAAUGGAGAUGAUGGGGGUGAUGGGGAUGAAGGGGCUGAUGGAGAUGAUGGAGAUGAUGGGGGUGAUGGGGAUGAAGAGGGUGAUGGAGAUGAUGGGGAUGAUUGGGUUGAUGGGGGUGAAGGGGGUGAUGUGGAUGUUGGGGGUGAUGGGGAUAAAGGGGAUGAUGAAUAUGAUGGGGGUGAUGGGGAUGAUAGGGAUAAAGAGGGUUAUGGGGGUGAUGUGGAUGAUGGGGUUGAUGGGGAUAAAGAGGGUUAUGUGGGUGAUGUGGGUGAUGUGGAUGAUGGGGAUGAUGGAGAUAAUGGAGAUGAUGGGGGUGAUGGGGAUGAAGGGGCUGAUGGAGAUGAUGGAGAUGAUGGGGGUGAUGGGGAUGAAGAGGGUGAUGGAGAUGAUGGGGAUGAUUGGGUUGAUGAGGGUGAAGGGGGUGAUGUGGAUGUUGGGGGUGAUGGGGAUAAAGGGGAUGAUGGGGAUGAUGGAUAUGAUGGGGGUGAUGGGGAUGAUAGGGAUGAUAGGGAUGAUUGGGUUGAUGGGGAUAAAGGGGGUUAUGGGGGUGAUGUGGAUGAUGGGAAUGAUGGAGUUGAUGGAGAUGAUGGAGAUGAUAGGGAUGAUGGGGAUGAUGGGGGUGAUGGGGAUGAAGGGGGUGAAGAGAAUGAUGGGUGUGAUGGGGAUGAUGGAGAUGAUGGAGAUGAUCGAGAUGAUGGAGAUGAUGGGGAUGAUGGAGAUGAUUGA